CUGUCCAACUUCACCACAACCUCUAGUUGGAGGUUCUGGUUACGGCACUAACAUGUACAGUAGACAAACAUCACCACAUACCCACCCACCCACUUGCCCAUUUCAACCGCCAUUCACAUCACAAACUCUUGCCCCGGAUAACAUUGAAGGAGAAAAUUAAAUUUUUUAAAACUUUUGCAACUAAAUUAAGAAUAAAUAAAGACUCAUCCUUUGUAAUAUGCACUCUCAUCCCUUUCACUGUUUUUUUUCUCCCUUUGUUAAAGGGUUUCUGUUAAAAUUGUCCAAUAAAGACAAAGUAACCCUUUUAUCUCCCUUGCUUUUUGCUCUCUAACCCAAUUCAACUAAUGAUUCAGUUGCACUCAAUCUAGUUGUCUUGUUUUUCCCAGUUCAUUUCUUCACCUAAUCCUGCUUCUAUUUCCCCACUUAAAAUACAUUAUUUUUCCUCCAAUUACCACCUGUAGCAAGCCACGCAGGUUUUACCUGGCGUGGGUUGGAUUGAAAUUUGAAACAUAGCCACUUCGAACUCGUUUGUGGAAUUCAAUAUUUUGAGGUAAACUCUUGUCUUUGCGGCUGUUUGGGGGUUGUUUCCUUGGAGAGUGAGGUCAUCCAUAUCAUAGGUGACAUCCCACGUUUUCAUUUUUUUUUAUAUUGAGAAAGGAAAAUAGAUUAUUUGUGAGAAUAUUUGAAGAUUAUGUCUCAAAUCAGCAAGUGGGUCGUUGAAAGAUAUGUGUUUUCCACCUUUCGUUUGAUCACAUUGUUCAUCUUCUGUAAUUAGAGAAAAAGGAGCAUUUUUUAAGGUAGGGUUUGUGCUGUAGCAUUGUUGGGAGUAUUUUUUUCAGGUUUGAUAGUGGAACGAGUAGUUAAUGGAUCAAGACAAAAACAUAUGCGGAGGUGAGGUAUUGGAUCAGGUUCAUGAAGGGGUGGAUGGGAAUUUGACUCAUUUGGUUGAAGUGGUUGCAAUUGAUGCUGUAGAUGGGAGCAGCUUGGGUGGCAGAAUUAGUAUGAGUGGAGAAGCUGGAAGUUCAGGAAAGGUGGGUAAGGAAAUGGUAUCCAAUAAGGAGAUUAAGGAGGGGCUUGAGGAAGUUAAGGGUCAGGACAAGCAUGAUGAAGAAAAUAUCAGUGAUAAAUUGCCUGGGGUUGAUCAGGGAACUAAUUAUGAUUCAAAUCAUUUGGUUAAUCAGGAAGUGGUUGAAACUGUGGUUGUGAUAGAGUCUGUUCAAACUGAAUAUGUCAACGAAGAUAAUAGGAAAUUGGGAGCAAAAGUUAACGAAUCAGGGUUGAGCUUGGUAUCCAUGAAAGCAACAAAAGAGGUGUCUGAAACUGAUAAAAAUUCGUGUGUGAUUGAUAUAAAGUGCAGCAGCCACAAGGGGUAUUAUGAAAAUUCUGAAGGUGAAAGGAUUUGUAGGAUUUGCCAUCUGGCUUCUGGGCAACCUUCGGAUGCAACAACUGUUGGCCCUGUUAAUAGUGCUACGAGUGCAGAUUUGAUUCAGCUUGGUUGUGCGUGUAAAGAUGAGCUAGGCAUUGCACACGUUCAUUGUGCAGAGGCAUGGUUCAAGCUUAAGGGAAACAGGUUAUGUGAAAUAUGUGGUGAGACUGCAAAAAAUGUUUCGGGUGUUGCUAGUAUUGGAUUUAUGGAAGAGUGGAAUGAAAGAAGAUUCAUGAACAGCGAUGGUAACUCAUCCCGUAGGUUUGGCGGAUGCUGGCGAGGACAGCCAUUUUGUAACUUCUUGAUGGCAUGCCUGGUAAUAGCAUUUGUUCUGCCAUGGUUUUUUCGUGUAAAUAUGUUCUAGCUGGGGAAUCAAACUCUAUUAUUCUUGCCUUCAAUUCUUCAUACUUGCUCAUAUAGUGGUGGAUGAUUGGUUCCUGCCAUACAUGCUGUCAGGCAUCAUCAUUUUAGUGGGAUGUUAGUACUUAACCAUGUUUCCAAUUUGACAUCUGAGGGUGAGUGCCCUGAAGAUGUGAAGCUUCCAUGUAAAGAAAUUACCAGCUUCACAAGUGAUCGCCCAAAUGUUUCCUGGUUGCAUUCUUUGGAAUAUGUCACGUGUGUUGUUCUGAGGUAAAUAUUGAUAAAUACAGUAUAUAUAUAAAUAUACAGAGAGAGAGAGAGAGUAUUUUACAUUUGGUGACAAUAGAUCUUAUUUGUAAGAAUCAAGUAUAAAGAAUUUGGUGGAAAACAAACCGAAAGAGCCUCUUCUUUUUCCUUUCCCUUUUUCACUUAUAUUUCCUUUUUUAUAUUGAAAUUUCUCCAACUACUAUUCAAAGAGCAUUCUUUUUGUUGAUUUAUUAUAUGCCAUCUUAAUAUAGUUUCAAGUACAAUCGAGCUUAGCUGUUAUAGGUUGGCUAAAUUGAUACGAAUUCCUCUUUUUGCAUACAAAUCUUUGGAGUUAAUGGCCUUCAAUACCACUGCGUAACUUAUUUUUACUGUUACUUUUCAUUGAAACAAAAAUAGUAUUCUCCAGCUUAAUUGUAAGAUGAGUUCAUAUUUAUUUUUGCAUGUCUCAGUCUUCACAUACUUCUUUACAUAAAUGACAUUUCAUUCUUGUAUUUAAAAUAUAAGCUGAGUUUGGAUUAAACUAUAAAGCAUAUAGAUUUAUGUCCCGUCGUUGUUAUCGAGUGUGAUGACUCAUACACCGCUUCAUUACAGAUCGAUGAUGUUUGAUAAGAAGAGAAAAAGCUGUUUGUUUUAUUUCUAAUGUAAUGAUAAUUAUAGUUUUACAACAUAUAUCUAUUUACAAUGAUCUAACAAAGGUGCAAAG